AUGAAAAUUGCAUGUAGUUACUUCACAAUCAAGGUCAUUUUUGUUAUCGUCUCACGUGCACACGAAUCUGAAUACUGGCUCAGUGCUAAUACACUUCAUUACCUCAGUGGUGGUAUCGUCGCUACAGUUUUGACUACGUUUGUGGCCUCAAUCCGGUGGAAGACUGAUAACGAUGACAAGCCUUUACAGAUCGUCUACGAAACGAAGGCAUUUGCCUUGCUCUGGAAUCUCUUCUUCAUGCCAAUGCUCUUCGCGCUGAUCGGCAUGAAGCUGGACUUUUCAAUGAUGACGUGGCCAACAGUGCUGACUGGAUGCGCGCUGAUCGCUAUUGGGGCCGUUUUCAGAUUCUUCUCGGGAAUCAUCUUCACCUGCUACUCCGACUUUAACUUAAAAGAGCAACUUCUACUCGCAACCUCCCUCUUACCCAAAGCCACUGUCCAGGUAAGUCCCACACAAAGCGUUUGA